AUGAUCAUAUUAAAAUAUGUUUUCUUUUUAUCAUUUAGUAAACUUUGUCAUGUUCGAGCUGUUACUCAAAGCGAUGUUCUUCAUGUUGAUCCAAAUAUGAUACCAAAAAUAUUUCAAGUGCUAUAUGAUAAUGAAGGUCAAACAUUAUUAAAUAAUUCAACAAUUCAUACACAAAAUCAAAAUAAUCAUACUGAUAAAACAAUUGAAAAUAAAGGUCAUAGUUUUGUUAUUAUUGCUUAUCGUAUGCUAACACAAUGUGAAAUAUGUAAUCAUCCAUGUUAUCAUAAUUUUUCUCCUCCUUCAUGUCUUGAAUGUAUACGAUGUCAUGUACUUUGUUAUAAACAACAUUAUGAUGAUAGAGAAGAAUUUAUAUUAUCAUGUCGAGUUAAUGAUAAAUUAUCAGCUAAAGCAUUAUUAAUAAUGUGUGUAAAUGAAGAAGAACAAAAACAAUGGGUUGCUAAAUUAAGUAACAAAAUACCUACACGUGAAAUUGUUUUAAUAUAA